AUGGCACAGCACGGGAAAAGACUGGUCAUCCGGUCACUCCGAGCCGCCUACAUACUUGCUUUUCUUUUUGCCUUCAGCCUAUUUUACUUCGUUAUCGAAAGUGGUCUUCUAGCUUGGCUUAUACAAAAUGCUUUAAACAUUUCUGGGCAAGAUGUCGAGGAGCAGAUGUUAGACAAGUAUAAGCUAACAGCACAUAGACGUAUCCAGUGGUUAGCAGAUAGUAGUGGACGAAAUAUGAAUACAGUAAAUGAUAGUUUUGUGAACAAUGAAGUCUGCCGUAAUACAGUACAAGGAAGGACUUUUGUUACUGAUGACAGAGGUUACACAUGUGAAAGAGCUUUCCUGAUGUCGAAUGGUUGCUGUGAAGUGGGUACUCAUUCAGUGCGCUUUAGCUGCGCUUGGUGUGACCUUUAUGCAGAAAAAUAUACUGCUAAAAAUGAUAGAGUCGACAUCUGGGCAUCGAUUACGACAGAUACUGUCUGCGACAGACCAGUUCGAGCUUUGCAUGCUGAAAUGUCGCACUUCUUCAAAUAGCGUACAUUCGGAGAACAAAUACAAAAGCGAGAAGAUGAAAUACUGUUAUAA